AUGUUACCUCGACUGGUCACAUUUUUUCUUGUGAUAUGGGGGACCCAAGCCGAUGUAAAACAAGGUGUGUACAAGGUCUACAGAUGUGUCCCACAAGACAAGGAUCAGCUCAUAGCCCUCACCGAGCUCUACAGGAAGUCCACGGAACUCGAGGUAAGCAUGUUUAUAAACAUGAACACGCUGUAGUAUAAACAUUUUAUACUACAGGGUGUUCAUGAAAAUUCCCUGCAAAGUUUUUGUCAAUUUCUUCGCACUCUUUCAAGAUGGCUAAAACAAUUUUUUAUAGGAAAGUCGAUGGUAGGUGGCUUUAUGAUGAGUAAAAAAAUUUUUUUGUAUAAAAUUGACACAAACUUUCCAAGGGAUUUGUCUGAACACCGUUUUAUUGUUUCCAGUAAAAAAGAUGACAUCAUCAUGAAUAAUAUCCGAAAUUUUAGCUGGAUUUCUGGAAAGAGCCCCGAGAUGUUGAUGGAUAUGUGGACAUUAUGACUCCUCCAGCAGAACAAGAGAUGCUGACCGAGUUCUUUCGUGAGCAUGGUAUCGAUUAUAAGAUCACAAUCGGGGAUGUGGAGAAGUUAAUCAUCCAAAGAGAGAAGAGCGAGCUCAAUCCCUGGUCCAAAUUCAACUCCUCUGAUCCCGUCUUGGCCUCGUUCUUCCGAAAACGGAUGUCUGAUGAUUUUGUCACCUCGAACAAGGCCAAAUAUGGAUUUGGUAAGCGAGAAGCGGCAUGGUUAAUAUAAAAUAUAGGGGAUUACCACUCAUAUGACACAAUCACUGCAUGGUUGGACGAUAUUCAGCGAUUUUACCCAUCGCUGGCUCAGACUUUUAUCAUUGGAACGACUUUUGAAGGGCGGCAAAUCAAGGGGAUCAAGGUAAUGUGCUCACUCUUCCCAACUUUGCUUUCGAAAAUUGAAAAAAUUGGCUGGAACUGCAGACAUUCAUUUAUAGAGCCUAAGGGCAAAAUUUGAAGAAGGCCAGAGCCUCAAGCCUCAUGAUUUGUUAUUGUAUUAACCCACUUCAGAUCGGAAGUCCAGUCCACGCCACCAACAAACGAAUCAUUUGGGUGGACGCCGGCAUCCAUGCCCGAGAAUGGGCCUCUACUCACACGGCCCUAUACUUUAUCGAACAAUUGAUCACCAAGUAUGGAAUCGACCCCCAAAUUACUGCUUACAUGGAUACCCUCAAUUUUUACAUAUUGCCUCAGGCAAAUCCGGAUGGAUAUGAAUACUCGAGGUCGGAUGUGGGGCCACAGACGAGAUUCUGGAGGAAAAAUCGAGGAAAACAGGUGUGCAAGAAGGACCACUGGAGAAGGGAAAGGUGCUGCGGGGGUGUGGACCUCAACAGAAACUUCGAUUUCCAUUGGGGAGGUAAGAAUUUGCAUAUGAUUACACAAGAAGUAGUUUACACAGAUCUGCGCGUAAUUGUAAAGCUCUUGGAUGCAUAAAAUUAUGACUUGGGAGUAAAGAUAAUCAAAGUAUAAUAUAGUCAUCAUACCGAUAUCUACAAGUCCAAUAUUUCAGAGAGUGGAUCCAGUGACGAUCUCUGUUCUGAUAUCUACCAGGGAUCUAGUGCCUUCAGUGAGCCCGAAACUCGGGCCAUUCGCGAUAAAAUAAUGUCUCAAGAGAUGUGGGGAAAGGUUGAUGCCUUUAUUACCCUUCACACCUACUCUCAAAUGUGGAUUCAUCCAUUCAAUCAUGAGCGAAAAAGCUUCCCAAAUGAUGUACAAGAUCUGGUAAGGAUACUAGACUAGCAAUAAGGCCAAUACAGUACAAUUUUUAUGUUAUACUUGAUUUCAGAUCAACGUCGGACAAAAGGGAGUCGACGCGAUUGAAAAGGUGUAUGGAACCAAAUAUAGAUUCGGAACGGGGGCAGAUAUUCUUUACCCAUCAGCCGGAGGGUCCGAUGAUUGGGCCAAAGCCAAGGCCAACGUUAAAUACGUGUUCUUGUUGGAGCUGAGACCAGGAGAAGAGGAGUGGGACGGAUUCCUUCUGGACCGACGACAGCUCAUCCCCACAGGUCGAGAGACUUGGGAAGGAGUUAAAACAGUAGUGGAUGCAGUUAUGGCCAAAGCCCGACCUAAAUUUAGCCCUCAAAUUCCAGAAAUCCGACGACCACCACCUCCAGUAGAACCCCCAAGGUUUUUGACCGGCAGAAUCGGUGGGUAACUUGGCUAAUACCACUCUUAAACUUUGUUACUAGUCCUACUUAUCUUUGUGCCAUCAUUUUUCGUAAUCAUAUAAGUUAUUGCGGGUCUAAAUUAUCUGUUCUGAAUCUCAUGUUGUCGGGCGAUCAAGUAUAAUAUAAAUAUAUCUAUUGCUAUUGGACGGUUGUUUGCGACAGUAACACCGUAACAAUACUACCAAAUUAAGAGUCUAACCACAUCAUCUAAGUUGUUUUAACAGCAUUCUUUGUAGUGAUACUAUCCAUCUUACACUACUGUAUGUAACAAUCUGUAAUCAAUUUUGUUCUUAAACUAUUAUAGCUAAAUUUUAGUAACUUGAUCAUUAAUGCAUCUAACGACUAACCUUUCAGUUGAAAACCCAACCACUGCCAUGGCGACCACCCCAACUCCAUUCGCGACAACGAUUUCCCAGCUGGUCACGUUCCCAAGAAAUGGUGACAGUAUGCCAAUAAACAGGAAUACCGCCCCUGUGGGGCUAAACCAAGUGGUUCUGAACCAAGAGGAAGCAAGGAGACGGUUUGAGGAGAGACUGCGACAACAGCAACAAGUGCGGCAACAGAUCAUUCAGAAUGCGCAGCAGUCCAGGCGAGGUAAUAUUUGAUUUUUUUCAAAAGUAUCACGUUUGACUUUAACGGCUAAAAAAGCUAAUUAAUGAUUAUUAUUCUAAAACAAACACGAAACGUUGACUUUUACCUCAAAUUAUAUUACACUUGAUGUACUGGUCAAAAAUCUUUCCUAAAAUAAUGUAAUAUCCCUAAAUUUUAGUGAGCCAGUCGUCAGGAACAACUGGUCAAUGUCUGGAUCGUUCCAGAUGGUGCGGUGUCUGGCUUCAACAGAACCCCGCCCUCUGCGAGCAGUCCACCAUCUACAUGAGCCAUGACUGCGCCCGAACGUGCCGCUUCUGUCGCUAAUAACCGGACUUCUAUUACACAUUCCAAAGAUACUCAUCUCUAGAUUACAUAACUACGGUGUCAUUGUUGUUAUUUAUUGUAUACUGAGUCGAAAAAGUCAUUUUUGUUGUCAACUUAGAGCAAGUCCAAUGUUCUAAUAACAUUUUUCGAGGUCUACUUCACUUCUAAUUUGCCAUAGUUUCCAGAGUUACCGCAUGAUGAACUGGUUCAUGUGGACUCGUCAUCCUUACAUUUCUAGGAUUGUUUGUUUUACUAUAGUUUUGGACGUUAAAAAUAAAUUCUAUUCAUCUUUUAUGUACAUCGGAUUACUGCGAAAAGGUAAUAGAAUCAUGUCAGAGACCACAACUUAACAAACGCUCAUCCAGGCAAGACUCUCAAUCUGAAGUCUGCAUUGGCCAUAAGCAAAAAUGUUUCCACUUCCGGACUGUUGGAGGAGCUCGUAGAAUACAUCGAAACUUUUGUAAAAAAUGUCUGGUGCUCCACUCCUGAAAAAAGAAACAAAAAGAAAGCAAAACACAAUGUUUGGGAGUUUCUUGUUUACUUUUUGUUCGUAACCUUGUGUCACGUCAAUCCGGCGCAUUUCCUGAUCCGUUUAGACGUUUCGUCCACACAUUAUCGAUUGACCAAAGAUUUUAGGCGUAAAAAUUAUUUCUGACAAGGAAAGUACUUUUAUGGGGGCUCCUACUUUUUGACGGGACAUAUCUCAAAAAAUCAGAAAAAAUGUGCUGAUCAAGGAUAUAUAAACCUUAGCUGCCCAUUUUAGGUUUUUAGAAGUGAAAAUGCCCAAAAACUGGCUUAAUUUCCCUACAAAAGGCGCAGGCAUUCGAAACGAUAAAAAGCGCAGUCGGUCUCUUCCUUCGGAAGAGAGCGGUGUGGCCGAGUGGUUAGUGCCGUAGUCUGGGAAUCAAGAGGGAGGACGCCGCACGGGUUCGAUUUCCCUUUUGGGCUAAAUCAACUUUUUUUGAAGUUGAAGUGCGGAAAAACAAAUUUUUGUGCCAAGACUGAUUUAUUACGUCUUAGAAAUCAAUAAACAUCAUUUUAAGCCAAAAUAAUAAUUGUAAACCCGUGAAAAAUUGGGCGAAAAGGGGUUCAUAUAGGACUUUAAGUCAACUUCCGAUUGAGUUUUCACCCCUAAAAACCUAAAAUGGGCAGCUAAGAUUUAUAUAUCCUUGAUCAGCACAUUUUUUCUGAUUUUUUGAGAUACGUCCCGUCAAAAAGUAGGAGCCCCCAUAAAAGUACUUUCCUUGUGAAAACAUUUUGGAAGAUAAAAUUGGUUCUGAAGAGUCAAGAAAAGUUAGAAAUUGGUCAGGAAACAGCUUCAACGACGCUGAAUUAACGUGCAUGUACGUUUUUUUAUCCGAUUUUAGUCUAUUUCGACAAGUCGGAAUAAUUUCUUUUUUCCAUUUGAAAUAACAAGUAGCUUUCUUUCAAUUUUCUGUGCCGAAAUGUUUUUCUAAGUGAAUCUUUCCGUUGAUAAGGUGAGUUCCCUUUUCUUCUGAUCAUAUCUGUAAGAUUGCUUGCCCUUGACCUCUCCGAAAGGGUUCGUCUUGUCUUUCUCGGUCUCUUUACACGUAAAAACUUGGUAUGAUUUGCUUCCUUUUAUGCCUAUUCUUACCUGUCGUUCCGAUUUAUACCUAGUCUAAAUUCCAGAAGGUUGCAACUCAGAUUUUUGAUCUUUGCGUUUGACUCUAAUCUUGUUUUUUUGCAGGAUGGUGAAGAACGUGCUUUUGGUUGGUGGGGCCAGUGAGUUCGGGCAAGUUUUGGCCAAGAAGUUGAGAGCAGUCGGAGCCAAGGUUUAUAUAUUAGAUACGGACGUGGUUGAUACAGACGAUGAUCUGGAAUUUAUCCAUGGAGAAAGCUGCAACACGGACUUGGUGCAAAUGAUCAUCAAACGCUGUCAUGUAAUUUUCUUGUUCUGUAUUUUAAUGGAUUUAGAUUACAAGAUUGUUUUUAUUGCCUAAAAUAAGCCAUGAUGAAGAUGUGUCCACCCAAGGUCGUCGAAUUCUGAUGGGAACUGCCGCAUUGAUUGAUGAGAUCCGCAGACAAACAAGUGAAUUGCCCCAGGUCAUUCAAGUUGGCCAAUUUCAAGAGGGAUCCUUCCUGGUGCCCGAAUACAGAGCUGCUGUUUUGAGCACCGAAGCAUUCCUUCAUUCUUAUGCUGUCAGCUACAGAAUGGAUGUAAGGUUAAUUAGAAUUCCAACUUAUACCGUGAGCAGUGCGUACGAUCAUUUGGCCAAAGAAAUUCUCGAAAUCUCGAGCGAGACGACCAAUGAAAAGGCCAAGAUUUACAAUUUGGAGGCCGAGACUGCCGAAAUUGUAAGCUCUUUUAUACCCGACAAAUUGCAGAUUAAAUAUAUAGCAGGUUUGAAUUUGAUUAACCUUGUCUGAGAAUUUUUUAUAUUGUACUUGCUCAUUUCAGCCAUCCGUUUCCGAGUCAACCCCAGAUGUCAGAAUCCUUGUUUUCGGAGCCAAUGGCUGGAUUGGAAAACAAUUCACGGAUUGUCUCAAUAAACAUGGGCUACAGUACGUGAUUGCAAAGACCAGACCAGGGGAUUCAUCGGAUUAUGAGAUUAGGAGGGAAAUUGCGGAGAUUGCACCGUCUCAUAUUGUGUCAUUGAUUGGGAGAACGCAUGGAAAAGGUAAUGGCUUGAUUUGACCUUUCUCUGUUUAUUCAAUCUUAUAUAACAGUUUAAUCUAGACUGUGGAAACAUCGAUUAUCUGGAGGGAGGCCCGGAUAAGUUGAAGGAGAAUGUCCGGGACAACCUUUAUGGACCAUUCAUGUUGGCCAAUAUUGCUGAGAGAUUCGGGAUCCACUUCACUUACAUUGGCACUGGGUGUCUUUUUGCUCAUGCCAAGAAUUCUCCUUAUUACAGGGUCAGUGAUUGUAAUAUUAGGGUGUCCCAUAAGUCUUGUGUAUUUUGGGGUCGUUGACUUGUGCGAAUUCCUGUGAGCUUUGUAACGCAUUACGAGAUAUGUUAGACAUACGGUUUUGAAGAUCAGGAAUUGCGCUUUUAAACCGUAUGUAGCAAGGCUGCAAAAAAUCCACCUGCUACCCGCACUACCCCAAUAUUGUACUAGACAUCAAAAAAAAUUUUGCUUGCUGAUGUUAAAAUGGGUAUAUACUUUGGAAAAUCAGAUGUGUACGCCUAUUAAACAUGAAAAUAGGACGCACAAGAGCCUAGAUGUUAUUUUAAUUCGCGCUGCAGCACGGGCGGGGGUACCUUGGUGGUGGUGUAAAUAACAUGAGAACUGCUGCACUCAUGCUUUUCAGACUCAAUUUUCCAAUAGUAGAAAGUGUUGGCUAUAGCUGCGUAUGGUAGCUAAUCUACUGUUGUUUGUGAACACAACGACAUAAUAAUCACCGCCUGUGUCACUUUUGUUUCUUGAAAUAAGCUGAAUUUAAAAAUUUCCUAAUUAUUUUAAAAAUUUACAGAAAAUUUUUUAAAUUGCGUGAUUUUUCAGCCCUCAGCACCUCUAUUCCAAAAUCCUCUUGCUAAAAUAAAACACAUAUGACACUGUUUAGAACACACUACACUACAAUGUUAUUUGUAUCCAUACCGACUUUUUUGGUGUUGAGUAAAUGCAUCACAUUUUUUCAAAUUUUUUUGGGUUAGUGGUAAUUCAGAACAAGGCAGCCAGCGGAUUCAUAGUUAAGACGCAUGAACGUUAUGUUUUUUUCACUCUGGUAUCGGCGCGACCUGAGCAACCACCCUCAAAAAAUGCUACACGCAAAAUUAUGUACAUCACAAUAUUCACCAUGGUGCCUAAUACAAGAAACCUGUAGGACAACGUUAUAAGAACAAAUUCAGAGGGGAAAACGGUUUAUUUAGAAACAGGGUACUUAGUAGAUGUGUUAAAAAAUGCAAUUGCAAAGGUGCAGCCCCAUUUAUCAAAAAAACGGAAUGGUUUUCCCAGCCCUUCCCAGAAGUUAAUAAUAUUAAAGAAUUUCAAGUAUUUUCCCGGAGGGCAUGUUAUUAGUUAAAAUUUUUAUGCUGCUUAUAAGUGUAAGAGAUGGCGGUUUCAACAAUGCCAAACAUUAAGGGAUGCUUUCAUUUAGGCCUGCGAAACGAGCCUUUAAUUCUCAAACCCAAAAAUACACAAGACUUAUGGGACACCCUAAUAUUUUAGAUUAAAUUAUAUAUAUUCUUUAAUUUAUGUUUUGUACUUUUUAGGAAGAAGACCUCCCCAACUUCAGAGGGAACAAGUAUGGAGUGGUCAAGGGCUUUACUGAUCGUCUUAUUGGCAGCUUUUCUCAUUCGUUGAACGUCAGAAUCAGACUGCCAUUCAAUGAUGAGGAUUCGCCCAGAAACUUGGUCAAAAAGGCGAGUAAAGUGGCUCUUAUGGGUAAUAGAUUUGCUUUAGAUCACCUCUUUCAACAACCUGAUUGACGUUCCAAACUCCAUCACCUAUCUUCCGGACCUUUUGCCAGCCCUGAUCAACAUAAUUAUCAACAAAACUACCGGGACCAUUAAUCUUACAAGCCCGGGGGUCAUAUCUUUUGUCGAAAUGGCCGAGAUCUUCUCUGAGGUCACCGGCCAAAAGUUGGAAUACGAAUCUGUUCAAAUUGAGGUGAGGAAAAGAUAAAAUUAUAUUAUACAAGGUAUAUUAUAUGGAUGAUAUCUUUAGUAUUAGACAGAUGGUGAAUCGUUUUCUUUCAGGACGAUGUUGAUGGCACAGCCAAGCGAUCUCAUUGUAAAUUAUCGACCGAUCGCCUUCAAACAUUGCAACCUCAGGUCUUGAAUGUGAAAGAUGCGGUCCGAAAAGCGGCCAAAGCCCUUGCUCAAGUGGGAUAA